AUGCCAGUUCCUUAUGGAGCCCUUAUUCCUUUGGGUAUCAUUACAGCAAUGUUCGGAGUGAGCGGUUCCUUGCUUCAUCUUACUAAAACUUAUGCUCACGAAGGAAAGCCCCCAAGAUACUGUCUAGAUAAUUGGGACAAACAGAUGAUGGAGCGUGAUAAAAGAUUGACGGGAAGUCCACAUCGUCAGACAUCUGAACCAAUUGCGCCAAAAGAAUUCACAACAAACAGUGUUUGGUAUUUGACUUCAAAGAGGAUUUUAUGGCAAUGA